AGACGUAACCGUAAUUGUCGGUUUUAUUUUUUAUUUUGGGAUGACGAGAACCGCAAUGUGACUGUGGUGUGGGCUUCAUACUUUACCAAUUUUAUUAAUACAAGUAAUCGGGGAGAUUCCCCUUUUUCGUCGUUUCGAUUCAAAUCAAUUGAAUUAUAUGAUUCUUUGAAAUCUAGUAGCAUUCUGAAGAUCAUCAUCUACUCUGAACUAAUCAACUCUCGCGGCGUAUACUUCCUGGAAUUCCGAUUGCAAAAAUGUGUUUUCAAUACCUAGAUUCUUAAUGAAGGGGAAUACAAGGGUUUGGUAGUGGUACUGGUACUGCUACUGACAGCAGCAGCAGAAUUAUGAUGGCGAGCAGCAGCGGUAGUGGUGGUAGUAGGCCGCCGCCACACUGCGGUGGUCGGAGGAGAGUGGUUGCUACGAAGAAGCGUGACUGGACCAACUGGCUCUCCGUCAACAACAGCGUCAAGAAGAUUCAAAGACGUGAGAUUUCUUCCAAACGCCAACGUUCCGUUUCCAUCAGCAAUUCCGUCCACCGGUUUAGGAACAUCCGCUUGACGGAACAAUAUAGUACCCAUGAUCCCAAGGAAAGUUCAUCAUUUGCAUUACCAUUCUUGACAAAAAGGGCAAAAGUUGUUGAAAUAGUGGCAGGACGUGGUAUCAUAUUCGCUCUUACAAGUUCUGGUGUUUGUGCAGCUUUUAGAAGAGAUACAAAAAAGAGGAUAUGUUUCUUGAAUAUCUUCCCAGAUGAAGUCAUCCGCAGCUUGUUUUACAAUAAAAAUAACGACUCAUUAAUUACUGUGUCUGUAUAUGCUUCAGACAGUUUCAGUUCACUCAAAUGCAGAUCAACAAGAAUAGAAUACAUAGAAAGAGGCAAACCAGAUUCUGGUUUUCCUCUUUUUGAGUCUGAAUCCCUCAAGUGGCCUGGCUUUGUGGAAUUUGAUGAUGUCAAUGGGAAAGUUCUUACCUAUUCAGCUGAAGAUAGCAUAUACAAGGUGUUUGACUUGAAGAAUUAUACACUGUUGUACUCUGUAGCAGACAAAAAUGUAGAAGAAAUCAAGAUCAGCCCUGGUAUCAUGUUAUUGAUUUACAGUAGGGCUGCAAGUCAUGUUCCUCUUAAAAUACUUUCAAUUGAAGAUGGAAGUGUUUUAAAAGAUUUCAAUCAUUUACUUCAUCGAAACAAAAAGGUGGAAUUCAUAGAGCAAUUCAACGAAAAGCUUCUUGUUAAGCAAGAAAAUGAAAAUCUCCAGAUUCUUGAUGUAAGAAAUGCUGAUGUGAAAGAAGUUGGAAGAACAGAGUUCAUGACACCAUCUGCAUUCAUAUUUCUAUAUGAGAAUCAACUUUUUUUAACAUUUAGAAACCGAAGUGUUUCUGUUUGGAAUUUCAAAGGAGAGCUUGUGACAUCAUUUGAGGAUCAUGUGUUAUGGCAUCCAGAUUGUAAUACUAAUAACAUCUACAUAACUAGUGAUCAAGAUCUUAUAAUUUCCUUCUGCAAACCUACUGAUUCAGAUGAUCAAUCCACUAUUUAUGGAGAUGGAAAAGUUGGUUCGAUUAAUAUAAGUAAUAUAUGGACUGGAAAAUGUGUGGCUAAAAUAAACUGGAGGAAUGCGUGUUUAAAUGAAGAAGAUGAAGAUGAAAGGAGGAAAGUUGCAGGGGCACUUGAAGAAGUGACAGCUCUUUACUAUGAUGAAGAACACAACGCCAUUUAUACAGGUAAUGCUCAUGGUUUGGUUCAUGUUUGGUCUAACUGAAGUUAGAAUGCAACAGAUUGUUGACACUUGGCAUGCUUUUUUUUUUUUUUUUCUUUUUUUAAGUUAAAUAGUUUUAUGUGUGUGUAUAUAUGAUGAUGAUGAUGAUGCAUAUAGCAUAUGGUGUUUAUAUAUAUGUUAGAGAGGUUAUGUUGAGUAAUGGUAUACUUAUUUGAUGCUUGACAUUUUGAGACUACAACUAUUGAUGAGGUCUUGUGGUUGUUAUU